AUGGCUUCGUACGGCCAGGCCGUGCCGCCAGGGGCGUCGCCGCGGCCCGUACCGUACGGCGCAGCGUACGGAGCGCCCCUAGCCAUGGCCCCUCCCGGCGCGCCCGCGGGCACCUUCUCGCCCGGGACCAAGAUCCAGGUCGGCAGCCACCGCGUUGUCAUACAAAAGUAUCUCUCUGAAGGCGGCUUCGCCCACGUCUACCUCGUCAAGCUGCCCUCGGCCGUCAACGGCACCGACCAGGCCGUGCUCAAGAGGGUCGCCGUGCCCGACAAGGAGUCGCUGCGCGGCAUGCGCACCGAGGUCGAGACUAUGAAGCGUCUCAAGGGCCACAAGGCCAUCGUCACGUACAUGGACUCGCACGCGUCGGAGCUGCGCGGCGGCGGCUACGAGGUCUUCCUGCUCAUGGAGUACUGCAACGGCGGCGGCUUAAUAGACUUUAUGAACACGCGUCUGCAGCACCGCCUCACCGAGCCCGAGAUCCUCAACAUCUUCGCCGACGUUGCCGAGGGAGUCGCCUGCAUGCACUACCUCAAACCCCCGCUGCUGCACCGCGACCUCAAGGUCGAGAACGUGCUAAUCACCACCAGCGCUUCGUCCCGAAAGUUCAAGCUCUGCGACUUCGGCUCAGCCGCCCCGCCCCGCCCCGCGCCCACCACCGUCGUCGAGUGCCGCCUGAUGGACGAGGACGUGCAGAAGCACACCACCAUGCAGUACCGCAGCCCCGAGAUGAUUGACGUCUACAGGAAACAGCCCAUCGACGAGAAGUCGGACAUCUGGGCUCUCGGCGUCCUGCUCUACAAGCUGUGCUACUACACCACCCCCUUCGAGGACCAAGGACAGCUCGCCAUCUUGAAUGCUAGUUACAAGUUCCCCGCCUACCCCGUCUUCUCGGACAGGCUCAAGAAGCUCAUCGCCUGGAUGCUGCGUGAAAACCAGCAGGCCAGGCCGAAUAUCUACCAAGCCCUCCGGGAGGCUUGCGUCAUGCUGGGAAAAGAAACGCCCGUAAAAGACAUAUACGCUGGCACGUCUGAAGGUGAUGCGCUGUUGUCUUCGCCCGAACAAAACGUCAAGUCUCCGCCUGUCGUCGGUGCCAUCUUUUCCCCGCCCGCACCAAAGCAGCAAGCGGUUCCUGAAGUUGAGCGCAUGAGGCGGGGGAGAGUGCCCGUUGCCUCGUCGCAGCCAACCGCCCCGCCACCGAAGCCCAGCCCAUCGCCUAAUAUAGUAACCAACGGCGACCCCUUUGCCGCUCUCGACGCCAGGCCUACUGUUACCGACGGAGACGAGCUGUCGUCUAGGUUCCCGACGCUCGAUCAGUUCUCGCUACUGCAUGAUCACGGGACCAAGUUUGAUUUUGACAGCGCCUUUGCGCCGCAGCCUCAGCUUGCUCCACCACCCAAGGACCUGUCUCAGCGAGUGGCCGAGAGACUGGCAGAUGAAGCCUUCCAGGUGAAGCCAUCUCCAUCGCCCGCGCCUCCGCAAGCAAUCCAGAGACGGUCGGUUGAGCUGAACCGGACAAACCCAUACUCGGCGGCUUCGCCAGACACGAAACAGGCGUCACCACCACUCCAGCCCGCCGCCGCUCCUCCGAAAAAGGCCGAGAUGAGCCGCGCAUCUGCUAUCAUCUCCAACAUUCCCGAAUUAAAGGCAAUAUCCUCGCAGGCCUCACAACCCACGUACCAGUCCACCCCUAGUAGACCGACCAUGGUCUCCACUGGAACCAUGACAUCGACGCCACCUCCCGAGAGGCAGACACCUCAGUUCCAGCAGUACCGGUUCCCACCAACGGAGCGCGACCGAGAACCGGGCGUGUCCCGGCAGCAGGAUGCCGGUGCUCAACCCCUGGUUCGUGGGGAGGCACCGAAUCCGUCUCGGCCUGGCGCCAUUCCGUCGCGGUCCUCUUUAUUCCAGGGCCAGCCUAAUCAACCACACGUACGCCACCCAUCGUCUUCCAGACCUUCACUGGAAGGCGGACGUCCGAGCUUUGAUCUCCUGGAGCCUAUUAGCAAAUCAAAAUCGCAGGGCGCCGCACGGCCGAGGCCCGUCAGUACUCAUCUCGAGUCCAACAUUGACUAUCUCCGCGAGCGAGAAGGAUCUAAGCCCCUCCCUUCCCCCGGUCUACCUUCUCCCAGGUAUUCGAUUGAAAAGGAUCUGCCGCCUUCGCCAGAUCCCGAAGAUGAAAUGAAUAUCGAGUCCAACGUGGAAUUUUUACGGUCAAUGGAGGAUUCGGAUCCGAGGAAGAAGGACAAAAGCCACAAGCAUGGCAAGCGGUCGAGCCUUACGUCCUUGGGGGCUGGAACGAAGAGCAUUUUAGCUGGCAAGUUUGGCGACGCCUUUAAGAGAUUUGAAGGGAGCUCGAGCGGGCCACCUCCGCCAAGGACGCCGUCGCCCCUCAAAGACCUGGAGCGGCGCGAACUCACGCCCAUCGCUGGAUCCGAGGCGACCGACGGCAGGAGUGACGACGGCCAAAUGCGCGACGGCGAGGAUUUGACGCCCGAGAUGCGCCGAGAGCAAGAGUCGCGGAUGCUGGCGCAGGAGGAGGCCCGCGUCGCAGCCGCACAGGCAGAGUAUCGCCAGCGCGUGGCGCAGCGCGACCAGGGAGGAUCCAGUCCGGGCCCGGGAGCGCUGCCAAAGAGCAUCGGCGGCGUCUCUCGCGCAGUGUCGAUUCAGAACAAGGUCCAGAGUUUGCUGGGCGAGACCACCCGCUCCUCUACCACGGUAGCUCGCACGGCACAGGGAUACGGCCGCUACGCAGACGCGGCUCUGGCUGCCCGACCCCCGUCUGGCAAUGACGGGCGGCCGCUGAUCGCGCGAAAGCCCAUAACCGGUCCUCAGCCGGGUGAGCCAGCGCUUCCGCGAGGCUCUUAUGAUGGAGGUGGAGGCGUGCAGCGGGCCCCGACGGCACCAGUCGGGAACACGAACACGAUGGAGCCGGCGGGGCGGGUCAUGUCCAUGGGGACAGGGAGACCCACGGCACCGCCCAAGCCCACCCAUCUCAAUAAAAACUCAACGGCCAGUGCCAUGUUGCCGCCCACAGGAGGGAGACCAGGGUCCCCGCCCAAGCCGUCGGUGCCGAGCAACAGCAACAACAUUAACGUGCAGAGAUUGAGACCGGCUGGGGGGCCGUCGGGCGUGCUCGUCGCUGUCGAGCUCCCCGGCCAGCCGGCGCUGCAGAUGACAGCGGCGGAAAAGGACAACUAUAUACACGACUUCCAGAAGCGGUUCCCCAGCUUGACAUCGAUCGAGAUGGUGGAGCGGGACCUCGGCGCAGAAGCUGCUGCAGCAGGUGAAAGCGGUAGGCCGGCAAGGUGA